GAAAAAAAUACAUCUGAACUCGCUCCCCCAGAAGCGUCUGAUCCGUUUACCACUUCAUACACACACUGAUAACUGCUCUCAUAGAGAGAGAGAGAGAGAGAGAGAGAGAGAGAGAGAGAGAGAGAACUGAGGAGUUGUAUCAGUGGGAAGUUAGUUGUUGGGAGCUGUGUUUUACCCUCCAGCUCUCGGAGUGGAGAGGGAUAUAGUUGAGCUGAAACUGUGAGCGAUGCUGGGAGACUGACUUCAUGAACCGCUGGAGGAAGUUUCUGAGUUUCUGAAGAGAGAAAAGUGGCCUGUGGAGGAAUUCUGCAUGUGGUGGAAACCCGCCCUGUGAAGGAGAAGGUAAAGAGAGUGUUCUUUGGCAAGAAAUACAUCCAGGAUUGUGCCCCUCGCCGAACCUCUGGCAAACCUCUGUGGUUGGAUUACGGCAAACACUUUUGUUAGAAAUAUUCAUCGCUGGAGUAUUCAGGUUUAAUAAACAUGUUAUAAAUGUCUCCGUCCAUCAGGGUGGGUGCUUUGCUGGUGCAAACCUGAAUUUCAUCCAACAGCAAAGUGGAAAAACGACAUCACAGGCAUAAACAAGCGAAAAUUGGUGGAACAUUCACACAGGCAUGUUAAAAGCAGCCUAACUGCAGCCAGGCAGGACUGAAGUCAUGGAGUAGCACGCGGCUCUGGGUCUUUGGAGUUUGGACAUGCUUCAGCUUCCAUGAGUUUUUAGCAGCUGGUCUAGUUUCAAUACCAGGAAAACAACGUCGAAAGAGCACAAAUGUCUACCUGCAGCAGCUCGUCCCCACCAUCUUUUCAAAGAGCAUUCGGCCUGCCCCCGCAUCAUGCUGCCCCCCUGGGCCCUACGCCGUCCCCCAGUCCGCCUGGUACUGUUUUAGGCCGGCUCUCCAAUGGCAGUUUGAGCGCACCUAGCCCAACCAACUCGAGGGGGUCCUUCCAUGGUAUUUCCUUUCUUCUGCAGAUCGGACUAACCAGGGAAACUGUUAACCUGGAUGCCAGCGAUGUGUCACUUUCAGCGGUGAAAGAUCUUGUGUGUUCGAUAGUCGACCAAAAGUUUCCAGAAUGUGGAUUUUUUGGCAUGUAUGACAAGAUCCUGCUCUUCCGCCAUGACUUAAACUCAGAAAACAUCCUGCAGCGGCUGACCUCAGCUGAAGACAUCCACGAAGGAGACCUGAUAGAGGUGGUGCUCUCAGCUCUGGCCACUGUUGAAGACUUCCAGAUCCGUCCUCAUGCCCUGUAUGUUCACUCCUACAAAGCCCCAGCCUUCUGCGAUGACUGUGGAGAGAUGCUCUGGGGGCUUGUACGACAGGGCCUCAAGUGUGAGGGAUGUGGGCUAAAUUAUCACAAGCGCUGUGCGUUUAAAAUCCCCAACAACUGCACUGGAGUGCGAAAGAGACGGCUGUCCAACGUGUCCCUGCCGGGUUCGUCUCUGUCUAUUCCUCGGCCUGUGGUCCCAGAGAGCGUGGUCAUAGCCCCUGAGGAGCAAAGACCAUUGUUAGAGGCAGGGAAGCGGAUUCCCUCAUGGAGUGGCCGGCCAAUCUGGAUGGAGAAGAUGGUGUUGGGUCGAGUCAAAGUGCCGCACACCUUCAACGUGCACACAUACACACGCCCAACCAUCUGCCAGUACUGCAAACGCCUGCUUAAGGGUCUCUUCCGCCAGGGCAUGCAGUGCAAGGACUGCAAAUUCAACUGUCACAAGAGAUGUGCUUCGAAGGUACCAAGAGACUGUUUGGGUGAGGUUGUGUUCAAUGGAGCAAGUCCAGGGCCUGAUUCUGAGGUCACUAUGGAAGUGGACAGCAGUGAUGUGAACAGUGAGAACAGCCGUGUCAUGGAUGAUGCGGAAGAGGUCUCCACCCCAGAGGAUAAGAUCUUCUUCAUGGACGCUUCAUUCAUGGACGGGGAAAAGGAUGAGGAAACAGUGAAGGCUAUCAGUCCUUCCACCAGCACUAACAUCCCUCUGAUGAGAGUGGUUCAGUCCAUCAAACACACCAAGAGACGCAGCUCCACUUUGGUGAAGGAAGGGUGGAUGGUGCACUACACCAGCCGAGACAAUCUGAGGAAAAGGCAUUACUGGAGGCUGGACAGCAAGACCCUGACCCUUUUCCAGAAUGAUUCCGGAGCCAAAUACUACAAGGAGAUCCCGCUGUCAGAGAUUCUUCAGCUGGAGUUUGCGCGAGACUUCACCAGUCUGGCUCAGGGGGGAAAUCCUCACUGUUUUGAGAUCAUCACAGACAACAUGGUUUAUUAUGUUGGGGAGAACACAGGCAACCUGCAUCCCAACCCCAGCCUGGCAGCGACUGGAGUGGGGCUGGAGGUGGCUCAGAGCUGGGAGAAGGCCAUUCGCCAGGCCUUAAUGCCCGUCACCCCACAGCCCAGCAUCAGCGGCCCGGGACACGGCAAGGACCACAAAGAGCUUUCCAUCAGCAUAUCAGUAUCCAACUCUCAGAUUAAGGAGAAUGUGGAUAUCAGCUCAGUGUACCAGAUCUUUGCUGAUGAGGUGCUGGGAUCAGGGCAGUUUGGAAUUGUGUAUGGAGGCAAGCACAGAAAAACAAAGAGGGAUGUGGCCAUUAAAGUUAUAGACAAGAUGAGAUUCCCCACCAAGCAGGAGAGCCAGCUGAGGAACGAAGUGGCCAUUUUACAGAAUCUGCACCACCCUGGCAUUGUAAACCUCGAGUGUAUGUUUGAGACUCCAGAGCGAGUGUUUGUUGUCAUGGAGAAGCUCCAUGGCGACAUGCUAGAGAUGAUCCUCUCCAGUGAGAAAAGUCGACUUCCUGAGCGCCUCACCAAAUUCCUGGUGACCCAGAUUCUGGUAGCUUUAAGACAUCUCCAUUUCAAGAACAUUGUUCACUGUGAUUUGAAGCCGGAGAAUGUGCUGCUGGCCUCAGCAGAGCCUUUUCCACAGGUAAAACUGUGUGACUUCGGCUUUGCCCGGAUCAUUGGGGAAAAGUCCUUCAGGCGGUCAGUUGUGGGAACUCCUGCAUAUCUGGCCCCCGAGGUUCUGCGCAGUAAAGGAUAUAACCGUUCGCUGGACAUGUGGUCAGUUGGGGUCAUCGUCUACGUGAGCCUGAGCGGCACCUUCCCUUUUAAUGAAGACGAGGACAUAAACGACCAGAUCCAGAAUGCUGCCUUCAUGUACCCGGCCAACCCCUGGAAGGAAAUCUCUGGGGAAGCAAUCGACUUAAUCAACAAUCUGCUCCAAGUGAAGAUGAGAAAACGUUAUAGUGUAGACAAAUCUCUCAGUCAUCCCUGGCUUCAGGACUAUCAGACGUGGCUGGAUCUUCGAGAGUUUGAAACCCGGAGAGGAGAGCGCUACAUCACUCACGAAAGCGAUGACGCACGCUGGGAGGAGUAUGCUGACGAGAGGCACCUGCCCUAUCCAAAGCACUUCAUUAUGGCACCGAACCUGGACGACAUGGAGGAGGACCCCUAGUGGCCAGGAGAACUUCCUACACCUGCUUCUGAAACUGACAGAAGGGCUAAUGCUGCUCUAGAGGUGCUCUGGCCCGUCAUCCUCGCCACUGCAGAGAGACUGGGAGUAUGAAGUGGAAAAGUACUUGCCGUCAUGUUCUGAUGAAGGAUGUUUAAAGUGAAAGGGGGCAGAAAGUAAUUACCGACUUAGCAGCUGUGAAGAGAAGCUCUGCAAAGUGGGAAACCAGGACAAGGGCACAACGCUCGUUUUCAGGUUGUUUUCCUUUCAUUACAUUCCAGAGACGUGAUGUGGCGCUCUCUCUCUCUCUUUCUCUCCCUCUCUUCACUCACCGCCCUUUCAGCAGUCCAGGACUUACAGGUCUCUUGAGCCAGAGUGAGGAGUGUUUGGGAAUUCUCCUUUUAACAGUAAUAAACAUUUGCACUGCCUCUCCACCCACAAAAGGCUCUGUGAGUUUGGAGCAAACUCAGAUUAGGAGGACUAAAUGGGAGCAUUGUAGCCUGUAAAGCUAUAUUAUAUUUUUCUACUUUCAUUGUGAGUGUUACACAAUUUGCAGACGUUCAAUAUUUGACACAAUAUUGAUAUUUUAAGUUGUUUUUUGUACAUAAAGUAGAUGUGCUGGGAUUGUGAGAGGGUUCUUGAUUCUAAACUGGAACACAAAUAAUGUGUACGCAGUUUCUAUUACUGAGGUGUUUCUAUAGACUGAGGUUUUGGUGAAAUGAAGAAAAAUACAAUGAUGAAGGCCAUCUCAAGCCCGUACUUUCAUGUCUGGAAACUCUCUGUAGUUUCUGACACAAGAUUUUUAAGCAUUUAGGAGAAAAUACCAAAACAAAAGUGCUUUUUCCUUUUUUAUAUAAACAUAUUUCUUAUGGAAGCCCUUUUCUGCCAACAAAAAAAAAGUGUAGUCAUAAAAACAAGAAUGCUUAAUUUUUUUAUAAAUAUAUCUGAUAAUUAUUGCUUAUUAUUACACAGUGAACGUUUCCCAAAAUUAUUACUUAUGAUAAUUCUGCCAUUAUAAUGAGAAUUUUCUAAGAGUAACCAGAAAUUGUCAAGGGCUCAAACUACUAAUAAAUUAUUAUUAAAGCAUAAUUGAAAUAGAAUCCCAGUAAGAGUUAAUAUCAUUAUAUGGUGUCAUCAUGAAUGAUUAUGGAGUCUUUUUAAACUCAGAAGCUUUUAUUUUUAAGUGGUGCAAAACAAUCCAUGAUUUUAUAUUUAGGGGCUUAUGAAGUUCACUGAUGACUCAUGGAAAGGGCAAUAAUGUGCUGUUGCAUUGAGAAAUGAUUUUCAUUCCUGCAGCUGAGAUAUGAAGACUACAAAGGAAGACAGGACUUGACACAAAUAUGGAGCUGAUUGGACUAAAACCUGAGAAUCUUUGCACUUUAAACACUAUGAAUCUGAAAUUGUAUCAGUUGGUUUGGUAAUUGGUAAGGUGAUGGUAAAGACCGUAAUAGUGUCUAAUUGUCCAUUUGUUUAGUUUUGAUUUGCUUUGUGUUGAUAAAAAGCACAUGCCGCUGUGUUGGGUUGUUACUUGUUGUGACUGAAGUGCAGCACUUUUGCAGACAAGCAUGCUGUACUUUUUCUAACACUGUACAUUUCUAACACUGUAACACCUCCCCAUAAAGAAAAACCCAGUAUAUUGGAGAUAUUCAGUAUAUUCUAUUUAAAUUUGGAAUAUAUUGUGAUGUAUUCCUUUUUCCUUUGGGGGACAGUUUAUGAAGUUGAAGUGCCUCCUGCUCACAGAAGUUUCUUGUUUCAUUUUGUCAUGGAAUAUAUUAGAAUUACUCAGUAAACUUCCAUUUCGCAAUUUCACAGUGGUGAUAUAUGAUUACAUAGUGUAACAUCCUCCAGCUGCUUUAGUGUUCCCGUUGACAUUUAUUAGCUUACUGACGGUAGUCAUUACUCACCAACUGUAAGCUGUUUUGGGGGUGUUGCAUUUUAGCUAACAUUCCUCUUACCCUCAGACCCUUUGGUCUGUACACUGUGACCUAAAAAUCCCUUUAAUAUUAUUAAUUGUAGUGAUAAGUUUUUCAAAGACAUUUUUAUUCAGUCUUUUCAUGAAGGUUGAUUUCAGCAUUCUAAGGUCCCUGUCUGCUGGUGAGACCAAUGAAUUGUGAAGAAGAAGGAUUAGCAUUUUAGCACAGGGAACUGGGAGGAUGGUUGUACAUUGGAUUAGUUACAUUUUCACUCACUGUGUGUAGAUUUCGUGCACCAUGUUUCCUUUUCCUAUUUUUUUUUCCGAAUGGGAGCCACUGCCUAAAACCUCAAGUCCCAAAUUUGGAGGAAUUUCAUUUCGUUUGUUUAGACAGUAUUAGCUUAAUAUAGAUGUCACCAUUUAUUGGUCUGGAUAAUUCACUGGGGGGGGAAUAAGGAAUGGGGAGUUUUGGGAGAAUAUUUCAUGCUUUUGGACAAUGUGAUAAGCUGCGUGGGGGUAAGACAAUGACUAAUGAAGACCACCACAUUUGUAAAGGUGAUGAUAAGGAUGAUGAUGAUGUUGUGCACCUGAGAAUCAUUGUUAGUCUGGGUUGCCACUGGACUGGCAGCAAUCACUGUUUUGUAUAUUUUAGUAUUCACAUAUCUAAUAAAACCUUCCUCUUUACAGCA